AUGAAAAAGAAACCGUUCACUUACAAAAGUGAAGGUGGCUCAAACUUAGAUAAAAGCAACAUCACCUGCUUCGAGUGCAAAAAGCCAGGACACAUCAAGCCGGACUGUCCAAGACUAGCAAAGAAAUCAGGCAAGAAACCAUUCUACAAGAAAAAGAAAGCGCUAACUGCUGGAUGGGAUGAAUCUGAGGACGAUUCAGAAGAUGAUGAUGAAGACGAAGAUGAUGAUGCACUCUUUGCUCUUAUGGCAUCUGCAGAAAGCUCAGACGAUGAAGAUGAUGAUGAGGUAAAAUUUGAAAACCUUAAGGAAGAUUUCAAUGAACUACUUGAACAUUCAUAUGCUCUAUCUGAAAAGUACAAAACCUUGAAGAAACAAUUUGCUAAAUUACAACUCGAGCAUGAAAAAGUUUUAAUAAAAAAAGAUCAUGUAGUUAAAGAAAAUACUGCUUUAAAGGAACAAGAUUCUGUUAAGGAAGUAACUACUCUAAAAAAAAAAGAAUUAAAGUAUUUAUAG